AUGUUUGUCUCAAUAGACAAGAUGGCACAGUAUGAUACAUCUUUAAAGAUUGUAUUAUACUUGUGCAAUAUGAACAUGCAAAUCAGGACAAUAGUUGUUACAAAGACUUCAACCAUUUCAAUCUUUGAUUAUAUCUUCAAAAAUGAGGCAUUCAUACCGCAAUACAUUUUUAAUGGGAUCUUACUCGAUAAGAAUUCAACUCUCUCUUUGUAUGGAAUUAGAAACGAAGACUAUAUUUAUUUCUUUGAUCCAUCCAAUAGCAUGCAGCCCAACAAAUCAGAGAUACAAAACAUUGUUAGUGUUGCAAAAAUGAAUAAUGCCGGUGGCAGAUCAGCAUUAAUUGCAAAAUCUGCUGCAGAUAAUGAAUUUCGUGAAGAAAUUUGUAAGAUUAAUGACUUAAGAAUGAUGAGAAAGAUUCAACAAGCUGGGAAAUUUACAGGUAUAGUUCUUUCUUGCCCAGCAAAAAUUCAACCCAAGGAACCCACAAAAAUCCCCAUCACCAGAUGCAUAUCAACUACAGCUCUCCCGAACUUAUGGUAA